CCUGGCGAAGGGGCGCAGCGCAGCGGCAGAGACCUGGCAGCUUCCAGCGCACUCGCUACCUGUCAGUGCGCCCGGUUGUUGCGCCCGGUGCCUUGGAGCGGGAGCUCGGGGGACUCGGCCACCUCCACCCUCCAGGCUUCAGCACCGGCUCCUGCCUAGAGGGCGGCCCCUGCCCACCCUCCCUCUGCCCCUGCAGACAGAGCGCUCGGCGGAUGGGCUCUGGGGCCCGGAGCUGCCCGCCGCCCACCCCACCUCCCACCCGGCGCCGGGGUUUCUUCCCCGGCCACUCUCCCCCGCAACUUUCCGUGCUUUGUUCUCGGGCUGGAAAUGAUUUACGGAAGCGUCUUGGACAGGGUCUCCGCCAGGCGGCAAGAGCCCGGCGCUGAGAUGUGUUACGUUCUCAUCUACCCAUCAAUUAUGGAUGGAAACAAAUAAGGAAGAGUCAAUUUUGCAUGAGCCCCUUCUCAGGCGGCGAGAGGCGUCCUGCGGCCGGGAGGGAGCCUCCGCUCACGUCGCCAGCCGCUGGCACAGGGAUGGUGAGGAGGAAGGCAGCCAAGUGGGAUUUCUGAGGAGGGGCUGCCCUGACCGACCGCGGCCCACCAUGAGGUUCUUCCUGCCCUGUGCCUACAUGCUGCUCGCGAUGGUUUCCCCUCUGAGGGCAGUCAGCUUCCCCGAAGAUGAUGAACCCCUUAACAUUGUUGACUAUCACUAUUCAAGGCAAUAUCCGGUUUUUAGAGGACGCCCUUCAGGCAAUGAAUCGCAGCACCGGCUGGACUUUCAGCUGAUGUUGAAAAUUCGAGACACACUUUAUAUUGCUGGCAGGGAUCAAGUUUAUACAGUAAACUUAAAUGAAAUCCCCAAAACAGAAGUAAUACCGAGCAAGAAACUGACGUGGCGGUCAAGACAACAGGAUCGCGAAAACUGCGCGAUGAAAGGCAAACAUAAAGACGAAUGCCACAACUUUAUCAAAGUAUUUGUUCCACGGAAUGAUGAGAUGGUGUUUGUGUGUGGGACCAAUGCAUUUAAUCCCAUGUGCAGAUACUAUCGGUUGAAUACCUUAGAGUAUGAUGGGGAAGAAAUUAGUGGCCUGGCAAGAUGCCCAUUCGAUGCCAAACAAACCAACGUUGCCCUUUUUGCUGAUGGGAAGCUGUAUUCUGCCACAGUGGCUGACUUCUUGGCCAGUGAUGCUGUUAUUUAUCGAAGCAUGGGCGAUGGAUCUGCCCUUCGUACAAUCAAAUAUGAUUCCAAAUGGAUAAAAGAGCCGCACUUUCUUCACGCCAUAGAAUAUGGAAACUACGUCUAUUUCUUCUUUCGAGAAAUUGCUGUGGAACAUAACAACUUAGGCAAGGCUGUCUAUUCCCGUGUGGCCCGCAUAUGUAAAAACGACAUGGGUGGCUCCCAGCGGGUCCUGGAGAAACACUGGACUUCAUUUCUGAAGGCUCGGCUUAACUGCUCUGUCCCCGGGGACUCGUUUUUCUACUUUGAUGUUCUGCAGUCUAUUACAAACAUCAUACAAAUCAAUGGCAUCCCCACGGUGGUCGGGGUGUUCACCACACAGCUCAACAGCAUUCCUGGUUCUGCAGUCUGUGCGUUUAGCAUGGAUGACAUUGAGAAAGUAUUCAAAGGACGGUUUAAAGAACAGAAAACUCCAGAUUCUGUUUGGACAGCAGUCCCCGAAGACAAAGUACCAAAGCCAAGGCCUGGCUGUUGUGCAAAGCAUGGCCUUGCGGAAGCUUAUAAAACCUCCAUUGAUUUCCCGGAUGAAACCCUGUCGUUCAUCAAAUCCCACCCCCUGAUGGACUCCGCCGUCCCACCCAUUGCAGAGGAGCCCUGGUUCACGAAGACCCGGAUCAGGUACAGACUGACGGCUGUGGCUGUGGACCACUCUGCCGGGCCCUACCAGAACUACACUGUCAUCUUCGUUGGCUCAGAAGCUGGCAUGGUACUUAAAGUUCUGGCAAAGACCAGUUCUUUCUCUCUGAAUGACAGCGUGUUACUGGAAGAGAUUGACGCGUACAACCAUGCAAAGUGCAAUCCUGAGAAUGAGGAAGACAAAAAGGUCAUCUCAUUACAGUUGGAUAAAGACCGUCACACUUUAUAUGUGGCGUUCUCUAGCUGUGUUAUCCGCAUGCCCCUCAGCCGCUGCGAGCGUUAUGGAUCAUGUAAAAAGUCUUGCAUUGCAUCGCGAGACCCGUACUGCGGCUGGUUGAGCCAGGGGGGCUGUGGCAGAGUCACCCCGGGGAUGCUCACUGGAGGGUACGAACAAGACACGGAAUACGGCAACGCGGCGCACCUAGGGGACUGCCACGAAAUUUUGCCUACUUCAACUACACCAGAUUACAAAAUAUUUGGCGGUCCAACAUCUGACAUGGAGGUAUCUUCAUCUUCUGUUACCACAGUAACAAGCAUCCCACAAAUCACACCCAAAGUGAUUGAUACCUGGAGACCUAAACUGACGAGCUCCCGGAAAUUUGUAGUUCAAGAUGACCCAAACACUUCUGAUUUUACUGAUCCUUUAUCAGGUAUCCCAAAGGGUGUGCGGUGGGAAGUCCAGUCUGGAGAGUCCAACCAGAUGGUCCACAUGAAUGUCCUCAUCACCUGUGUCUUUGCCGCUUUUGUUUUGGGUGCAUUCAUUGCAGGGGUGGCCGUCUACUGCUACCGUGACAUGUUUGUUCAGAAAAACAGGAAGAUCCGUAAAGAUGCAGAAUCUGCCCAGUCGUGCACAGACUCUAGUGGAAGUUUCGCCAAACUGAAUGGUCUCUUUGAUAGCCCGGUCAAGGAAUAUCAGCAGAAUAUUGAUUCUCCCAAGUUAUACAGUAACUUGCUGACCAGUCGGAAAGAGCUGCCGCCCACUGGAGACACGAAAUCCAUGGUCAUGGACCAUCGAGGCCAACCUCCUGAACUGGCUGCGCUCCCCACACCUGAGUCCACACCUGUGCUGCACCAGAAGACCCUGCAGGCCAUGAAGAGCCACGCAGACAAGGCCCAUGGCCAUGGAGCUUCAAGGAAAGAAAACCCCCAGUUUUUUCCUUCCAGUCCUCCACCCCACUCUCCAUUAAGUCACGGGCAUAUCCCCAGUGCCAUUGUUCUUCCUAACGCUACCCAUGACUACAACACAUCCUUCUCAAACUCCAAUGCUCACAAAGCUGAAAAAAAGCUUCAACACAUUGACCACCCUCUUACAAAGUCAUCCAGUAAGAGAGAUCACCGGCAUUCUGUGGAUUCCAGAAAUACCCUCAAUGAUCUCCUGAAGCAUCUAAAUGACCCAAAUAGUAACCCCAAAGCCAUUAUGGGAGACAUCCAAAUGGCCCACCAGACCCUAAUGCUGGAUCCCGUGGGACCUAUGUCUGAGGUCCCGCCCAAGGUCCCCAAUCGGGAGGCAUCGCUCUACUCUCCUCCUUCAACUCUCCCCAGAAAUAGCCCAACCAAGCGAGUGGAUGUCCCCACCACGCCCGGGGUGCCAAUGACUUCUCUGGAAAGACAGAGAGGUUACCACAAAAACUCCUCCCAGAGGCACUCUAUAUCUGCUCUGCCUAAAAACUUAAACUCACCAAACGGUGUUUUGUUAUCUAGACAGCCCAGCAUGAACCGUGGUGGGUACAUGCCCACGUCGACAGGGGCGAAGGUGGACUAUAUUCAGGGAGCACCGGUGAGUGUUCACCUGCAGCCUGCCCUCUCCAGACAGAGCAGCUACACCAGUAAUGGCACCCUUCCUAGGACGGGGCUAAAGAGGACACCCUCCUUAAAACCUGACGUGCCACCAAAGCCUUCAUUUGCUCCUCAAACAACCUCUGUCAGACCACUGAACAAAUACACUUACUAGGCCGCAAGUGUGCUGUUCCCAUGUGGCUUUAUCCAGUCCACAUUGUUGCAAGGAUGAUGUUGUAAGGGUACCUUAAGAUAAGAGACUCACUUGUAUUUUAAGAGAACCAAGUGGCCAAAGAAACUCUCUCACUUUGGCAACAUCAGAACUUAGCACAUGUAGCUACUGCAACAAGGCUUCUGUGUACGCACCCAAAACAAAGGAAGGUGCUGGACAUUCCAUUUCUUUUGUUUGAAGCUAAGCAGAGGUGUAGCUCUGAGGGGCUGCCUUCCGGGGUAAAGAGCUGAUACAGUACGCAGAAGAAUCUGUGAGUAAAUACUUGAAAAUGGGUUCAACUUAGACUGCCAUUAUGCGUGGUCUUCCCAUUCAAUGUGAACAUUUUAAUAUGUAUGCAUUCACCUUGCCUCUUGCACAAAUGUCAAAAACAAUGGUAAUGUCUCAAAGAAACAAACUUGUGGAUUACCAAACAAUUUGCUAAGAAAUCAGUCUUUGACCCAAACUGUAGCAUUUUUUUUUCAUGUGGGGCAAUUUUUUUCAUGCCACCAAUGAACUGUGUUGCGUGCGUGCAAGUGUGUGAGCGUGUGUGUGAGUGUGCGUGUGUCCCGUAUCCACCAGGAUGUGUUUAGGUGCCCAUUGCAUCUUUUUGUGCUGCGGAGUUGUUUACAUUGAGUAUGACUGAACAGGGAUGAUAACUACUUCCCACUGCAGUCCAUUGGGUUCAGCUUUGAGAAAGAAAGAAAGAAAUCAAGGCUGAUUUGACCAUCAGUAUGAUUGACGUAUGUGGUACCCAAUGCCAGAAUGUAAAGAGUUCGAAGUCAUUUUGUGCUGCUAUUCAUUAAAACUUCGAUUACAGUCUUGCCAGCUUAAAGAGACGGAGAUGUUAAGAGGUAUCCUUGAUUUAUCCAACAGUAUUCAGUAGUAAAAUUUACCUGUCCACUGUGAAUCCGAGCCUGAGUCACUCUAUUUAUCCUUGGACACACUGAUAAGGUUUUAUUUUCAUUGUGUUUGGUUUUUCCCGUGUAGUAAAAUUUCUCUUCCUUGAACUCCUCCUACCCCCAAGAUUUAAAAAUAAAAUAAUGUAAAACACAAAAGAAGGAAAUGUGAAAAGAAUUGCAAUUGGCUUAACAGACACAGUCCAUGAAAACCUCAGUGGUGCAAUCCUGUUGUCUAUGUCGUGUUGUGUGAGAAUUUUCUCCCAAGUCAUGCAGGUAAUGACAAUAUAUGUAAAUAUUACAUGUGAGUUUACCUGAAUCUGUGCAUUUUGUGCCUUAUUCAUGAGAAUGAUAGAAGUACUAAAAUAUGUCCAGUGUUUUCAGUAUAGCACAUCAUUUACUGAGUGCCAGUUGUAAACGUUUUUCAACCAGCACCUGAAGACUUUCGGAAAAAAAAAAAAAAUCCUAAGAGCAACCUAGAACAGUUAAUUGUCAAACAGUCCACUCAGAUAGCAGCAUUAUGUCCUUUGCCAUGAUAAACAUUCCGCUCCUGCUUUCCUAAGGAUGAAACAGUGAUAAUGUGAAGUCAAAUGAGGUUUCCUGGGUAACGUGACACCUGUGGAUACCACAGUCAUUUAUUCGCAGCGUUGCAGAAGCCACUUACAGUUGUUGACGGGCAGUCCCAAUGACUGUUUCAGUUACGAUGCUGCACAUCACGCCAUGAUGUAUUAACCCUAACCUAGACAGUGUCGAGGCAGGGGAAGGCUCCUGACUUAGUCAGACAAAUAAGCUCAACUGACUUCUUGUGAUAAUGCUGACGGUACACAUCACUUGGGGGAGGAUGGGUGGCAGAAGACCAGAGCAUUUUUAUACAAAAUGUAGAAUACUGAUACAGUUAAUCUUUUCCUUUGAGAAUAUUGUUUUAUAAAGAACAUGAUUCCCUGAGAUCUCUGGAAGCUAAAACUUCUGUUCUUGAAACACUUCGGUUUUGCAACUAAAAUAUUACAGAUUAAUAAUAAAUUAAACCAACCAACGAUAGACAUUACUCAGUCCACCGUCACCUUACCAAUAUUAAUCCCGGUGUGCGGAAAACGGAACAGUAACUGUGUGAUUCCCGGGUAACAUUUUGUAACAUUGUGCUGCCUUGUCGUUUGUAAUGUGAGUUCUUUCGGUAUUUAUGUUGAAAUUUCUAACACUAAAUCUAGUCUCUAUCCUGUUAAUUUAAUUUUUAAAUGCUUUAUCCAUUUGUGCAAAGGUAAACACAGAUUGUAUCUUUUUUAAUGUUACGGCAUAAAAAGUAACCCUAACGUGAAGUGGCUCUAUACUGUUUUAUAGAGAACUUUAACCUGUAUAGAUACCUUGUAAACUUGUAUUGUGGAUGUGUAAAUAAUAUGUACUUUGGGUUUUUAACACCGCAUGUAAAGUCAAAAUAAAAUAUAUAAAUCAUUAU